AUGAUUGCACACACCCUCCGCUCCACGCUCGCGGCACCUUCGACGCCCGCACGGGCAUCCCCCUCGCAGCUGCGCUUCGCCUCGUCGUCGUCGUCGUCGUCGGCGCCGCCUCCUACCUCGAACGCCACCCGCUCCACCGUACCCCCUCGCUCCACCCACGCAACCUACCACCCAAAGGGCUACGGCGUAUCCGAGGGCCUCAAGCGCGCUCGCAGGCCAUACCUCGUAAAGAACAUCGUCACCGGAAGCCUCAUCAUGGGCUUCGCAGUCGGCGUGUACCUCUACUCGAUCUCAAAGGUCAAGCAGGACGACUUUUCCGACCUUGCAGAGGUGCGCGCCCCCGCCACCGCCGCCGACCAGCCCCAGGCAAACGGCACCGCAAACGGCCACAAGGUCUGA